CCUCGGACUCGGACCUCGGCGUCGCCAUCGGCCAUCCCAGGUUCCCAACGGCCGCGGAAUUCAAAUUCACACGCACCCCCGCCUGGCCGCCUCGACCCGACGACCCCCUCCCCUCCACCCCAAUCCCACGCUCCUCCGUCCACCUCCCUCUCGCCCUCCCGCCGAAGCCCCAGCCGCCAUGGCGUCUCGAGAAGACGACCGGUGGUCAGAGAUCGUGGCCAGCGGCCGGGCCCGGCCGCCCCACGUCGCCGUCGUGUACGGUCGUCGCCUGGUCGAGUCAUCGGCGGGCAGGACGAACGUGGAGACGAGGGCCAGCUUCAGCGGCCUGCGGCGGCCGAGCUUCGUGCCGCGAAAGCGGACCAGCUGGAACCGGUCGCUCUCCAUCAGAGGGAGAGAGAGUAUUUUUGUCGCACCCGGUGCAAGUCUUCAACAGAAACCCUGUGGAGCACUGAAACGACCACCCAAGCCGUGCAACCGAGUGAAGAAACAUCUGGGUGGUCCUCCUCCUGAUUUUAGCAAGUUGAAGGCGUAUUUUGAAGAGGUCGAUGCUUCUGAUCUCAUGGAAGAAAGUCCUUCUCCUAAGAACUUUGCCUCGUGGAACAAAGAAAUGAAGCAGAAUAUCAUAACUCAUGAUCUGCCUGCAAUUUUGGAGAGGUGGAACAUUUCUAGUCUUGCAAGACGUGCGUCAUCCGAGCCCUUGUUUGACAUUAUGGAGACGCCAAUCUUACCAUCAGUCCUCAGUAACAACAGUACAACUAACAGAGGGUCAGGGACAUGCACUGCUGGAAGGGCAAUCCCUGAAGGCUACACUGAUAUCAGUUUAAAGAGCACUGCAAAAGACAGCCUGAUUACAUCAUUUGGUAAAGUGAACAUUAAGGAGGAGCCUGUUGAAGCCAGCAUUCCAUGGAAUGGUGAAGCUCUGACUGCUUUUGAUCAGCUCCUCAUGGUUUGCAGGCAGUCUGCACCAGUUACCCUAGCAGAAGUGUUCUCUGCUUAUUGUGAGCCUGGCAGCAUCAAGAAGCUUGGUGAAGGGACCUAUGGGGAGGCCUACAAGGCUGGAAGAACAGUGUGCAAAGUGGUACCUUUUGACGGAGACUUGUUAGUCAAUGGAGAAAGCCAAAAGAGAUCGGAAGAAAUACUUGAGGAAGUCUUACUUUCUCUAACGCUUAAUAAUCUGAGAGCAGGCCGGGGUGAUGAUGUUAAAACAAAUUCAUGCAAUGGCUUCAUUGAGACAAAAGACUUUCGGGUCUGUCAAGGACCAUAUGACCCUUCUCUGAUUCGUGCUUGGGAAGACUAUGAUGCAGAACGUGGAUCUGAAAAUGACCAUCCAAAGGAGUUUACAAGGGAACAGUGCUACAUUGUCUUUGUGCUAGCUGAUGGUGGCACUGAUCUUGAAAGUUUCGCUCUAGAUGACUAUAAAGAGGCUCACAGUUUACUGGUUCAGGUUACCGCUUCCUUAGCAGUAGCUGAAAGUGCUUGUGAAUUUGAACAUAGAGAUUUGCACUGGGGUAACAUUCUUUUGGCUCAUGAUGAAACUCCAGACACAAAUAAUACAAUGAGCUUCACCCUUGAAGGGAAGAGGAUGUGUACAAGAACUUUUGGGCUGAACGUCUCUAUAAUUGACUUCACUCUUUCUCGGAUCAACACAGGGACUGCCAUUCUUUUCCUUGACCUGUCUGCGGACCCUGCACUAUUCCAAGGGAAAAGGGGAGAUAAGCAGGCAGAAACGUAUCGAAGAAUGAAACAGAUCACCCAGGAACACUGGGAGGGCAGCUUCCCGAAGACAAACGUGGCGUGGUUAAUCUACCUUGUCGAUAUGGUGCUACAGAAGCUGAAAGCACUUGCUGCUGGCAACAAAAUUGAGCGGGAGCUUCGCUCGUUCAAGAAACGCCUGGCGUCUUACGAGUCCGCUGGAGAUUGUCUGCGCGAUCCCUUCUUUGCUGAUGUGUUGAUGGCCGAGGAUGACGAGCUCCCUUCAAUGCCUCCUCUGUAGGCGGAUCUGCGAACCGGCAGAUCGAAAUGUAGGGUGCUGAGUUAGGGUUCAGAGUUGUUUAGGAGUGUGUUACUUAUGACCUCGAAAACACCUGACGUGCAGAGAACGCAAUGCCUCGGGGUGCGCAAGAGAGGUUGCUGUUGCCCGGGCGCCUUUUGUAACUAGCGCCUAAUUGAUCACGUUGGUCCUGGCUGUGUGGCUGGUUCCUUGCCAUGAUGAAUUGAUGAUGCCAUCGGAACCCACGAUGCAACCUACCA